AAUGGCUCAAGGAAAACUUAAAGUAAAAUCGAAAGCACCGCCAAACCUGAAGAAAGCACAAGCGAACAAGAAAAAGGGAACUGCAUUCAGCAAGCGGAAAAAUGCACCCAUUCAGUCGAAGAAACACAAAUUCGAAGAGGCACACAAACUGAAGCAGGUCAUCACGAAAACGGUUAAUAAGAAGAACGAGGACGACAUUCGGAAGGUUGCGUACGAAGGCCAGACAAACCUUAGCCAAGCGCAACUGGCCGUGCUAGAGCAUCAUCGAAAGCAGGCCCAGAAUGAUGAGUCUGAGGCGGGUUCUUCGAAGUAA